AUUGGGGUAAUGUUUAUUGAGUAUCUAACUUUACAAAAGGAUAAACUGUGGGUAUUGAGAUUAAAGGAUGUGAUAUUUUCUUGUCUAUAAUGUUGAUAUUAGUAAAACUGACUUCGUUUCAAGCAGCGAUACGUACAUAGAUAUUUCGCCCAAUGUGAAUAUUGUUGAGGUGUAGAUACUAAGUUGGAUAAACAAAGCCUCAUCGCCUGAGAAACUUAAGCCCCAUCAGUUAUGGGGUGUGGCAACUCAACAGCCGUUGGCGAGGACACUAACAACAAUAAAAUCAACUCCAAGCAGGUCAACUCAGUGAAAGCUGCCGGAAACAAGCAGGCACUUGUUGUGGUUGCUAAUGGAGCCGCUAUUAAACGGACAGAGAAAGAUGAUGGCAAUUCUAAUUUAAAGCAAGAACCGGAAAUAGAGGAGAUUGAUGUUCGAAACAUUCUAUCUGGGUAUCAUGUACCAAAAGAACCUGAAAACCGGAAAGUCGAUAUCUUUAACAAAGACAAGAUGAAAGAAGUGGACGCUUGGGCCAAAAAGACGCCGGAAGAUCUUGCGGACAGUUACGAGGGGCUUAUCAGCCAUCUUACCAGCCAUUGCAAAACAGACGUGGAGAAAGUGCGAGCAAUAUUCAUAUGGAUGGCUUACCAAGAUAUUGACGGGGCAGACUACAGCAAGGUUACCGGGAAUGAUACACCUCGAGGAGUCAUGAAGCUUAUGAAAGAUCGGAAAGCGAGUUAUUCUUCAUUCUUUGCUCUUCUAUGUCGACAAGCUGAAAUAGAGUGUGUGGUGAUAGACGGUUGGGGGAAAGCUGCAGGAUACAAAGUCGGUGAUACAGACAUGGACUUGAAGAAAUUUAGAAACUCCUGGAAUGCAGUUUAUGUGGCCGGAGGUUGGCGACUAGUGUUUCCUUUAUGGGCAUGCAGCGCGGUGAUGGGACAUUCCACGGGUGCUUACACCAAAGUAGAGGCUAAAGGACAAGCGGUCCGCGAAAAAGAAGUGCAGUCAUCCGGGAUUACAGUCAAGCAUUUCAACGAGUACUACUUUCUCACAGAUCCAGAUGCACUUAUAUAUGAAGCGUUUCCGGAGCAAGCACGAUGGCAGCUUCUUUCGCGCCAAUGGGACUUUUCAAAGUUUGCAGAUGUUCCAUAUAUUCAACCUGCGUACUUUAACUUAAAAGUGGAUAUCCGAAGCAAAUUUAGCGGCCGUUUGAAGUCAACAGAUGGCGAAUGCCACAUUGAGCUGGCAUGCGGAGACCCUUCCAAUAUGGGCAUGACCUACGAACUCUUCUACAACCAUCUCGAAUCAGGCCAUGAAAUCGAUGCAAAUUUACAACUCAAUAACUAUGUGCUGCUUAACCGAGCGGGUAACCGUUGGGACUUCGGAAUCCGAUUCCCCGAAGCCGGAGUGUACAAGUUUCAAAUUUUAGGCGGAAAAGGAUAUGAAACGGACCUUUGUGCUUUCAAAAUAACCGUCGAUGAGGCAAUGGCGGACUGCAAACCUUUGCCGUUUAACCCGGGCAAAGUUGGAUACGGGCCCACCAUGGAUACUGAAAUCGCUGGACUAAAGGCAGUGUCGCAUAAAACUGGUAUUGUUAAGAUGUUUGCAAAUAAAACAAUGGAGUUUAAUUUCACGUUAACGCGCGACAUUGUUGUGCGGACAGAACUUUUGCACGCUACCAUAGCAAAGGAAGAUCUGCAGAAGUAUUGUAAAAUGACGCAGAAAUCCCGCAACGUCAGUGUCCAGGUUUCUGUACCAGAGGAUGGGGAGUAUGCUUUGGCUUUGCACGCUCAGCAGAAGAACAGGAGUGAUUAUGACAACGUCUGUAACUAUCUUCUGACAUCGGAGAAAAAGAAGAAGAAACGAGAGUGGGAGAAUCCCAUUGAGAAAAGGACUAGAAACAACGUGUCAGUUUUAGCAAAAGCGAAAGGGACUAAAUGCGUUGAGGAGCUAGAAGGAGAAAUAGAGAAAUUCCAAAAGUUGGAAAUGGAAGAUAAGGGAGAGCUACAAGCGGCUCAGGACGCACUGGAGUAUAAAAAGGACCAAAAAUGUCUCAAGGACGCAAUAAAUCGGCGCAACCUAGAAAAACUUGAAAUCGCCAUCAAGCAAGGUCAUAACUCGCGGUUCAAGGAAAAACUGUCCCGCUUAAUAGAGGACGCGGAAGAGUUGAGGAACCAUCUCGUGCAUCUAAACAAGAUUGCGCACGAUAUCCUCGAGAUGAAGCAGUCCACCAUAUCCGAGCUCCGCAGCUACAAAUCCCCUCCGAACAUCAUCUUUGACAUCAUGCAGUCCGCGUUCCUGAUGUUGGGUGAAACAAGUGAACAACUAGAGGUUUGGGAAAACCUCCAAGUUUUAAUGGGGAAAAUGGGAAAAGAAAGUAUGCUCCGACGCGUCAAGACGUUCGAUACGAUAAAAGUAAAGCCUGGAGUGCAGCAAAAGGUGGAAGAGAUGCUCAAUAAAUACAGCGAGUUUGAGGCGCGUGUUGCAAGCGCGGGGGCGGGGACGUUUUAUUGUUGGCUGAAGGAUGUAUGCAUAGCCAUUGACCAGACUGAGCCACCUACGGGGAAUGAUCCUUAACAGACUCGGACUGACAUCGGCUCUAAUUAAUAAUGGGUCUUGAAAAUAUUAUUAUUCAAAUUAUGUAUGACACGAAUAUUUUGUUAAACGCUAUGCAAAUUUUAACUGUGCGACGCGCGAAUGACUCUUUGUAAUAUUUUAACAAUAACAAUUCAAAGAAUGCAUAACUUUUUAAAUAUGCGUUGAGCGGAUAAACAAAGCAAUACUGACUCUGAUUAAUAUACCAGGACCUUAUGUGAAAAGACGGCUGACACAUAAAACUUAUAAUAAGCCAGGCUUAAAUUAUCAUCUAUUCACCUUUACGUUUUAUCUUAAGAAGUGAUGUGACGGCAAUAUUGACCAACACAACUUAGUUACGGCAUCUAUAUUGCAUUAAAUGACUAUCAAAAUUCAACUAAAGAUGAAAGUAUUCUUGAUAGCAGACUGUAAACAUAUACAAACCUUGAAAACAGUUGUUUUUAAAGGUAUGACCUUACGGAAGUAAAUUCCGCAUAUGCACUUAAAACGAUCGUCUGUACAUUACAGGUGUGGACAUUGUGACGCAUGUCAGACAGCCUCUUUGGCGAAAUUAACAAGUGCAUUGCACAAACAUUUAUUUUGCUAUACACUGUGAUACUACUUGUGAUAAUAACGUGAAUGACCUUAAAUGUCCCUACAUGUAUUUAUGGCCCUAGUCUACAUGACAAGACCUAUCUAUUUUAACUGGAUAUAAGUUCAUACAUACUAAUAUGACGAAAAGAUAUUAAUAAGCAAACAUAUUCAUGGAUUACAUUGACGUCAUGAUGUUGUAAUUAACGAUGUUUACGAUCGAUGCAGCGUGUAACGAACUACCUACUCUUGGAACAAUUGGAGCAUUUGAAGUUUGAGCUUUUAAAUGCGUCGAACUAUUUCAUAGGCCGUUCCCGUAAUUCUAUGUACAGAAACUGCACCGCGAAUCUUACAAAAAAAGUUUUUUGUUUACGAAAUCCAAUGAGUGUUAUUGUGUUUUGGCACGGAAUAUACCGAUUAGUAAGUUUUAUUUUGAAAUAAAAGCAAUAGUUGUCGACUGAGGCUAUCAAUAUCUUUUGGCAUUCGUUUUCCAGCGAAUGUUAACUAUUGCAUAUUAUUUUCCUAAUAUUGUAUUUAAGAGAUAGUGUCAUAUUGUCAAAGAUAUGCUCAUGCUUAUCUAUUUAAUUCCCCUUUUAAUACAUUAAUGCUAGCAGA